CCACAAGUGGUUAGAGAGAAAACCCCAAAAAACAAAAGAAGAAGAAGAGGAGAGAUAAAAUGAAGGUUCCAAAGGGGAAGACGCUCAUUGCUCUCCUCUUGCUAGUAGCCAUCGUUGCUCUAAUCUCCACCGUUGCCACCCACAAAUCAAGGCACCAUAAAGCCCAACCGGAGCCCGCCUUCCAUGCCGUUGUCAAAUCUGCAUGCUCCUCCACCCUCUACCCUGAGCUAUGCUUCUCUUCUCUUUCUGCAUUUCCGGCCGCCGCGGAGAAAGCUUCGAGCCAAAAAGACGUCAUCGAGGCCGCUCUCAACCUCUCGAUUACGGCCGGGGAGCAUGCGUACUUCAAGCUCAAGAAGCUCUACGGCCGGAAGGACGUCUUGGAGGCGGAGCACACUGCCCUGCACGACUGCCUGGAGCUCGUCGACGAGACGCUCGACGAACUCCGUAAAACUGAUGAGGAGUUGGAGCUCUAUCCUUCGAAAAAGUCCAUAUCGGACCACGCAAGCGAUCUCAAGACACUUCUGAGCGGGGCGAUGACGAAUCAGGAGACUUGUUUGGACGGUUUUUCGCACAUAAAGGGAGGCGGCGUUCGGAAGAUCAUAAGCGGUGGCUGCGUUUACGUCGAGAAACUCAUUAGCAAUGCGUUAGCCAUGAUAAAAAACAUGACAGACACAGACAUGGCCGCUGAAAGGUCAGCUGCCGGUCGAAAGCUCGAGGAGAACAACCUUCCAGAGAGUUUUGCUGGUGAGGACGGUUUUCCUGCAUGGAUGUCAGCCGGUGAUCGGAGACUCUUGCAGUCGAGUUCCGUGACACCCAAUGUCGUUGUGGCCGCCGACGGGAGUGGCGAUUUCAAGACGGUGGCUGCCGCAGUGGCCGCGGCCCCGGAAAAGAGCAGUAAGAGAUACGUGAUUAGGAUAAAGGCGGGGGUGUAUAGGGAAAAUGUGGAGGUCCCAAAGAAGAAGACGAAUAUAAUGUUUUUGGGGGAUGGAAGAAUGAAGACGAUCAUAACUGGAAGCAAGAAUGUGAAGGAUGGGAGCACAACGUUCAGGUCCGCCACUGUAGCCGCCGUCGGCGAACGCUUCCUCGCGCGGGACAUUACCUUCCAGAACACCGCUGGCCCCUCGAAACAUCAAGCGGUGGCCCUCCGUGUUGGUUCAGACUUUUCUGCUUUCUAUCGCUGCGACAUGAUCGCCUACCAAGACACUCUCUACGUCCACUCCCUCCGCCAGUUCUACCGCGAAUGCUUCAUAUACGGCACCGUCGAUUUCAUCUUUGGAAAUGCUGCUGCAGUCCUCCAGAAUUGUGACAUCCUUGCUCGGCGCCCCAACUCUGGCCAAAAGAACAUGGUAACAGCACAGGGCCGGGAGGACCCGAAUCAAAACACUGGAAUUUCAAUCCACAAAUGCAGGAUCAGUGCGGACUCUGACCUUGCCCCCGUGAAGAGCUCUUUCCCGACGUAUUUGGGCCGGCCAUGGAAGGAGUAUUCGAGAACUGUGAUAAUGCAAUCCACGAUUAGCGAUGUCAUAAACCCGGCAGGUUGGCACGAGUGGAACGGCAACUUCGCCCUCAAUACGCUGUACUACGGCGAGUAUCAGAACACCGGUGCCGGGGCCGGGACGUCGGGAAGGGUGAAGUGGAAGGGCUACAAGGUAAUUACAUCAGCAUCUGAGGCUAAGCAAUUUACGGUAGGCGAUUUUAUUAACGGGGGAAGCUGGCUAGGCUCAACAGGGUUUCCCUUCACUGCCGGGUUCUAGCGCCUCCAGCGAGGAUAUUUUCGUAAUUUGGUUAAGUGGGAAGGGCAUGUUUGUGCCUAGGAAAUAAACAGGUGUUUGCAUGCUAGGAUGGGAUGAACGUUGUUUGAGAUAUGUGUGGAUUAAAGUGAUUAGUGAGCGGUAUUUUAGUCUUUUUACCUAGUUCAUGUACACGCUUUGAUGGGUAAUUUCGAAAAUUCUUGAUAGAUGCAGCUUGGGUGGGUCCCGGCUUAUAUAUAUCGAGACACCCCAACUCCUCCUUUUCUUUUAUUUGUGUAUGUUGCUUUUACAUGAAUAAAUAAUAAUAAUAAAAAAUCUUAUUAUUUUU